AUGUCUGUAUUCAAAACUAAUGCAACAAUUGCAGAAUUUGGUGGUCAAUUACUUAAAUUGACUCAUGACUCAAAAGUUACUAAAACUCCGAUGAAUGUAAAUUUAUAUAUUCCUCCAGCUAGAACUUCAAAAAUUCCAGUAGUAUUAUAUUUAUCUGGUUUAACUUGUACACCUGAUAAUGCAAGUGAGAAGUCAUUUUUUCAAUAUUGGGCAAGUAAAUAUGGUUUUGCAAUGGUUUUCCCAGAUACUUCACCAAGAGGGGCUGAUAUAGCUGGAGAAAAUGAAAGUUGGGAUUUUGGAACUGGAGCAGGAUUUUAUGUUGAUGCAACUCAACAACCAUGGUCAACAAAUUAUAAUAUGUAUACUUAUGUUCAUGGAGAAUUAAUUGAUAAAUUAACUGAAGCAUAUCCUGAAUUAGAUUUUAGUAAUAUUUCAAUAACUGGUCAUUCAAUGGGAGGUAUGGGAGCUUUGGUUGGUUAUAUUAGACAACCAAGAAAAUAUAAAACAGUCAGUGCAUUUGCACCAAUUUCUAAUCCAAGUGUUGUUCCUUGGGGUGAAAAGGCAUUUGGUGGUUAUUUAGGAGAAAAUAAAUCUACAUGGGCAGAAUACGAUCCUACAAUUUUAAUUAAAGAUUAUAAAGGAGAUGAUUCAUCUUCAAUAUUAAUUCAUCAAGGUUUAAAUGAUAAUUUCUAUGAACGUGAAUUAAAACCACAAAAUUUCGUUGAUGCAGCUAAGGGAUAUAAAGGUGGUGUUGAUUUAAGAUUAGUUGAUGGUUAUGAUCAUUCUUAUUUUUUUAUAAGUUCUUUUGUUGAAGAUCAUGCUAAGCAUCAUGCAAAAUAUUUGGGUUUAAGUACUUGA